GGCGAUUUGACACUCACACUAAAUUGGCACAUCCUGUAACUGCACUUGGCCAUUUAUCUCUAGAACUUCGUCUGGCUCGCCCGUCCUUAUUUGAUUGAUGUCCUGCUAAAUCUCGACCGCCGAAGAUCCACCCCUCAGGAUGUACCUUGUUGACCCAUCUAGCCUGACCCCAGACAUCUGGAGUGUCAUGCGCUCGUUCACGGAGCUACUGAGCAGAGCUCUUCUCUGGGUGAAUGCCCUGACGUUGGUGUAUCCUCAACACCUAGCGCUACAGCAGAACACUGAAAUAUCUGCACUGCCUACCCAAUAUCUUCUCGGCCUUGGAAUCGGAGAUAUCACUGGUCCAGUCGUCGAGACAAAUAUGAUGGGAUACGCAGACCGUGAACAAACAGAUACUGGGUUACACAUGCGGCAGCGCAGCCGUGCAUGGAUUGUCGCUGAUGCGUCCAUCCCGUCAGACCGCAUUGUCUUUAUUAAUGCAGAUAUCGGCAUGGGCGACUCGGGUAUCCGACGCUCAAUCGUUUCCGCGCUGUCUGCUCAGUACCCAGGGCUAUAUACGAACGAGAAUAUCGCACUCGUCGCGACGCAUUCGCAUGCGGGCGUCGGAGGAUACCUCGAGAACCUUCUCCCACACAUCACGUCCCUUGGGUAUGUGAAGCAAACGGCAGACGCGAUCGUCGAGGGCACAGUGCUUGCCGUGCGCCGUGCGCAUGCCAGUCUUGCGCCGGGGCGGCUGACACUUGGUAAUACGACCGUGCUCGGCGUGAACAUAAAUCGGUCGCCGAGCGCGUAUAUGGCCAACCCGCCUGAGGAGAGGGCGAAGUACGAGUAUGAUGUGGACAAGGACAUGACCCUGUUGCGCUUUGAUGAUGCAGACGGGAAUGCAAGAGGCUUCCUGAGCUUUUUCCCGGUACAUGGCACUAGCCUAUACCAGAAUAAUACUCUCGUGAGCGGCGACAACAAGGGCAUGGCCGCGUAUUUAUACGAAUCUAUGGUCGAACCCUCAUCAAUGCCUGGAAGUGCUGCCUUUGUUGCAGGCUUCACGCAAUCCAAUGUUGGCGAUACGAGUCCGAACGUCCUCGGACCGGUAUGCGAAAGUCCUGGAAAGCCUUGGGACGGGGAGCCGUGUGAGUACGAGCAUUCGACAUGUGGUAAUGCCACACAGGAUUGCCGCGGAAGAGGGCCGGGGUUCCGCAUGUCCGACUUUGAGUCGAACCGCAUCAUCGCACAACGCCAAGUAGACGGCGCGAAAACACUCAUGGAAUGGACGCUAGAGCUCGUCAGCGGUCCAGUCCGCUCGGUGCACAAGUACCUGAAUAUGCACUUCAAAUCUUUCGAACUGCAGAACGGCACCACGGUGAAGACCUGCCCCUCUGCUCUGGGAUAUUCGUUUGCGGGAGGCACCACUGACGGACCUGGCCGGUUCGACUUCAUUCAGGGCGACAAUAGCUCCUCUCAAAAUCCUUUCUGGGAGAUCGUGAAGGGCGCUGUGACUCCGCGUCCGCCACCUGAACAAAUCGAGUGUCAUUAUCCGAAGCCUAUUCUCCUGGAUACAGGUUACGCACGCCAACCAUAUCAAUGGUCUCCCGACACCGUUGAUAUACAAAUGCUACGAGUAGGCAAUUUUGUCAUGGUGAUCAUCCCAGGCGAAAUGACGACAAUGGCCGGUCGACGCAUGAGGGAGGCAAUCCGUGCUGAGGUUAUCUCGUCCGGAAUCGUGGGAAAUGAAGCCUAUGUAGCAAUCGCAGGACCGGCCAACACGUACGCUCAUUACGUCACAACAAGGGAGGAAUAUGCUGUGCAGCGCUAUGAGGGUGCAUCCACCAUUUUUGGACCUUUCACGUUGGAGGCAUACAUGCACGAAUAUGGCAACCUUGUUCCGUAUCUCGCAGCAGACGCAUCGGGCAUCCCGCCGUCGGAUCCUGCCCCAGAGGAUUUGACGGGCAAAGUCAUUUCACUACAGCUUCCUGUUAUACAAGAUAUGCCGCCUCUGGGCAAGGAGUUUGGAGACGUACUCGUUGACGUCAACACCUCACCGUACCACCCUGGCGGCACUGUAUCCGCGCGCUUUGUCGGUGCCAAUCCUAGGAACAACCUACGUUUAGAGGGGACGUACCUCACUAUUGAUCGGCUAGUAGAAGAUGAAUGGGUUCCCGUGAAGUCCGACUCGCAUCCUUCGACAACAUUCCAAUGGGUCAGAACGAAUACACUCUUUGCCGUUAGCGAAGUGAACAUCACAUGGAUCAUUGAGCCUGAGACCCCAGACGGCGUGUAUCGAAUGUCUUACUAUGGAGACGCGAAGCAUAUGGUUACUGGUUUGAUUACACCGUUUGUCGGAUAUUCAUCCGACUUUACGAUUGCAUGAGUUCUUCCUCAUCUUCACUGCUCACUUUAUACUCUUCGUCACGCUAUACGGACUGUCUCAUGUAUCACGACUUUCAUGUAUCAUGUUGUUGGUUAACUAGUACGGGGAGGGUCGUUCAUGCAAUGUAGGUUUGGAACAC